UUUCACUCCAAUUUUUAAUUCGCCGGUCGGUGGAAAAGAAAUAAAUGUGUGGACCCCAUAACGCGCAAAUCAAAGUGGUGGUAAGAUUCCUUCUUUACUUUUUGACUCCAAGCACCAUCACUGCUUUUUCAACUUUUUUACUUGCUCUCUAUCUUGGCACAUAUGGAAUUAGCGGGGAAAAAGAUGGAUCAAAUUCAAAAGGGAAAGAAACAAAUCAGUGAGGGAGUGAAUUGUUUGCGGGAUCUAGUAAAACGUUACAGCCAGAUCCCAGAAAAGGCGGGAAGGGUUUCUGAAAUCAUGACCUAUUUUCAAUAUCUUCAACAACAAAUACAGGAAAUUGAAUCUGUAGCACAAAAGGGAGAAGCACCUGUAUCUUUCAAUGUCUAUAGAGCAGAUCUACGACGUCGACAGAAAAUCACUCAAAUUAGAGAACAAGAUGCCAACUUUGAACCUAUCUUAAAUCAAGGGAUUGAUCUGCUGAUAAAUCAAGAAGGGGACUGCUCAUUAGGCUCUAAGCGAAAAAGGUGGUCAGAUGUUUGGGAGCACUUUACAAAGUAUGUAGGCAAAGAUGAGAAGGAAUGGGCUCAAUGUAAACACUGCAAGAAAGAGUUUGUUCAGUUAAAUAAGAGUGAAAUCACACAUCUCAAUAAUCAUCUAAAAGGUUGCCUAGGUUUGAGAAAUCCAGCUGGAUUAAUAGAUAAAACUGAAAAGAUAAGUAUGAUUGAUCAGGAAUUGAAUGACUCCAAUUUGGUGCGAAAGAUUAUCAAGCAUGGGUUGAAUGGUAUAACAGAUGAUAUACUUAAUGUUUAUGAACAAGAAAAUGAUAAGUUGCACAAAUAUUUAGAUAAACUCCCAGGUCCUGUUAAUGUAACAAUUGAAGAGGAAGGGAUCCACUUUCCUGUUUGGUAUGUAACAAUCUGGUCUAUUGAUGAUAAUUGGGAAUUGAAGAAGAGGACAAUUCAUUUGGAGAAUGAUGAUAUGAAGAAGACGAUUAUUCAUAACGAUGGCAUGGGAGGUUUAAAUGAAAAUCCUUUGAAGCAUUUGUUUCAAGAUUGGAACAUAGACAAACGAAGUUUGUCUAUGCAUGUUGACGGUGCUAUAAAAUUAGACGUUACCAAGUUUGACAAGUGGCUUCAUGGAAGAGCUUCACUUCCUUAUAUUGGGAUUUAUCGCAGAUGUGAUACUUUCUUAGUGGAUUUUGAAGGUAAAGUUAUCGACGAGUUGUUGAAAAAUGAGAUUGAGAUUUUCACGAAAAUGUGGGAUCUUCGAUGCUACUGCUUGACAUCAUCAAACAAAUAUAUGUAUGAAUUAGCAGUAGAAACAGUGUCCAUGGGUAUAAAAGGAGCUUCCAUAUUUUUUGGUAGUUUUACUUUGUAUUACAAUUUGCUUGAUUGGAUAAUGAGAAAUAAAGAAGCAUUUUGUGAAUUUGAGCAUACAGAUCCUGAUUUCAAGUCUAUCGGUUUUGAUUGGGAUGAUGCAACUUCACUGCACAGCUUUAUGGUUGUGUUAAAAGAUAUGGAAAAUGAUAUUGCGAAACUGAUGGAAUCUGAAUGUGAAUCUAAAUUGGCAAAUGAGUGUUUCCCUAUAAUUUAUCACUUUUUUUCAAAAUUGCUACAGUUCAAAAAAACUGAGAAUCAGUGCUUUCGCCUUACUGCAUUACGUUGCAGAGAAUGUUUUGAUGAAUAUUGCAGCAACUCUAAGCUGUUAUAUGUAAUCACAGUGAUUCUGGAUCCAAGAUUUAAAGUGGAUAUUGUAGAGCAUUUCUACAAAGAAAUUUAUGAUAAUGAGGCAGACUUCCACUUUAAGAAAAUCUUUGAUAGUGUUGUAAAUAUUUACAAUAACUAUGCAGAGGAUGUCAAGUCGAUGGGGAGAGUAUAUGCAUUUUCACAGCAAGCAAAUGAGGUUGUUUCAACAAAAUCAGAAUUUGACCGCUAUUUGCAAGAUUCCAGGGUUCCUUUGUAUGAAGAGUUUGAUAUAUUGGAAUGGUGGCGUGUGAAUUCUCCAACUUAUCCAAUACUAGCUACAAUGGCUCGUGAUUUCUUAUCAAUACCUAUUGUUAAGUGGAUUGAGCCGGUGUCUCACCGUUUGGAGUAUGAAAUUGAAGAUAUUUAUAAUAGUAAGUUGGAUGUUGAAUUAAAACGUGCUUUGAUAUGUUUAAAAAUUUGGUUGAACUACCCUGUAAAUUUAGAAUGAACUGAGGUUGCUGAAAUAAAAAUAUAUGUUUUGUUUUUCCGAUUU